AUGGCUCCAGACGCGGCCUUUUCAAAUAUAAGCGAUAAAAACGAGUUUACAAAAUUCACUAAAUUUCUCGCCUAUAAAGGUGUACAAGUAAUCGUAGAAUCCCGGAAAGGUGUUAAAAUAGAGGCGAAUAGCAAACCCCGUACAUCAGAUUCCGAUUGGUUCAACCUACAGAUACCGGAUUCGCCUGAAGUCAAUCAAGCUACGAAGAAUGCUUUGCCGUCGGAUAAAAUUUUGGAAACGAUCAGGUCACAGCUUCACGUCGAGAUAUCCGUGCAAACGGAGGACGGAGACGAAAUGGUAUUGGAGCUUUGGACUUUGGAGCUCGACGAGACUCAGUUUGACACAUCUUUAAAAGCUAUGAAUACGGUGUAUUUUAGAAUGGGAAUACUCCUGAAGUCAGUUAUCACAAUAAGCAGGAUAACACCAGCAUAUCAUUUAUCAAGAAAACAACGUACGGAAUCCUUUACUAUAUUUUACAGAGUCUACAAUGGAGAACCCAAACUUAAAGCUUUGGGUGAUUCCGUUAAGAAAAUCCAAGCAGGAAUGCUGAAGACACCUUUAGGUGGACUUUGUUUCACCGUGUCAUAUCGCACCAAUUUUUCCAUAUCACCAAACAGAUCCGACAAAAGCAAGACGCUCCUUUUGAAGAGCGACCAUUUCGAAUUAAGUCCGAAACAUGUUAUUUUUGAAUCCAAAAAGAAUAAAAACAUAAAAGAUAAAGAAGUUAAACCAAACAGGCCAGUUGACUUGGAUAAGCCUUUGCGUUUGGCUGCCUUUGUGGACGAACUAGUGAUACAAGAAGCGAUCAAAGAUUUCUUGGAGAAAAUACCGGUUCCUAAAUGUAAAGCGAGAUCGAGACCUAAAACACCAGUGACAGAUAGGUCCGCGGAGUCUAAAAGCACACAAGAUCUAGACCUUACUAGUGUGUCAAAAAGUCCUACAUCUUUGGAGUUACCUCCGAAGAAGUUCUCGGGCUUUCGCGGGGAGAAUGAGCCUCCACUGAAGCUUCUGCAUUUUCCUUUCGCUGAUAAUCAUCCAAUACGGGAACUGGCGGAGUUUUACAAAGAAUUCUUUAAUGCGCCUCACUUGAAAUUGGUGGAUGAACUCCAGGAUAAAGACAACGUGAAGGAAAUUGACGUGGCUAAUGACGACCUAUCAAAAGACCUGGAAUUGUACGAGAGCUCCCUUCUGGAAUUCGAUGAACUAUUAGCAGACAUGUGUAGAUCGGCCGAAUGGAGUGGAAAUUAG